CUGUUGCCUAUUAGAGAUUAUUCAGGCGGCUGGAAAGCGAAUUCACGCUUUAGGUUUUCUUUCUUGGGCUUGUACAUUUGGCUUUCUGUUGUGCAUGUUUUUGAAAUCUCACAUUGGACAUAUUCAGAUAUCAUUUACUCGGACAGGAAUAUCGGAUGGUCAAACGGGACAAUUGAAUUUGUGUUCAGUUUGGGCUGAAGGAUUUAAACGGCAGGCUGCAAGCGCGUCUUCUGCUUUAAGCUUCUGACAGCGAAUGUAUUACACAUUGUAUUCAACUUCGGGAAAGUUUAACAUUUGCUCGGAAGCAAGCAGAUUUGGUUUCUACCCAUAUUGUGGGAUGCGCUGAAUUGCGCUGGAGAAUAUUUCGAGACUCAAAGAGGACGUUCUGAAUUUCUGUUCUAUUGUCAAAUACAAGAAUAUGCUGACUUUAAAUUAAUUUAGUAUAAAUAAGCAUCGAUAUUUCAUAUCUUAACUAUUUGAUCCCCUUAAAAUCUGCGUGGCCAAAUCUACAACAUUUUUGCUAUAAUGACCUGGAGCUGAGACUGGAAAUAAAGGACUGUCUCCGAACUUGUAGAAGAGCGGUUGGGGUUGUCGGAACAUGAAGUCAGUUACCGGUCUGUUUGUUGUAAGUGUGUUGCUGUGUUCAACGAUCCCGUCCAGGAGCGCGACUGCCAACAGCUAUGGAGACGGGCCGAGACCACCAACAUCCCUCAUCGUGUAAUUACAGUAUAGGGGUCAGGUGAUUAAUGUCUGGGGCAUCAUGGUUUUGAAGGGUAAAGAAGAUUAGCAACCAGACUGCAAGGAUUACGAUUCAUCUUAAAGAGAGCAGGCCAAAAAUGAGGGAGGGAAAUCUAAUACGUCCAUAGAUGGAGUAAACAGAAGAGGCUGAUGAGAGAGAUUACUACAUUUCUAGGCUUGGUUCCGCUGAUUUUAGUGGCGUAAAUAACUUCAGCACCUUCCUAUUGGACCGUGUGUCUGGGAUGCUCUACCUCGGUGCACGGGAUGCAGUCAUCGCUGUGGAUACUGCUAAUCUAUCGAAGAGGAAGAUGAUUGAGUGGAGUGUUCCAGAAGAAAAGAGGAAAUCUUGUGUUGCUAAGGGAAAAACAGAGGACGAUUGCAAGAACUACGUUCGUCUGCUGGAGUUUUUGGGUGAUGGACGCAUAUAUGCCUGUGGGACCUUUGCCUUUGACCCCCAGUGUGCAUUUAUUAACAUCUCUUCAUUCUCUCUGGAGAAACAUGAAGAUGGUAGCAUGAAGAUGGAGACCGGGAAAGGGAAAUGCCCCUUUGAGCCCAGCCAGCAUUACACAGCGGUCAUGGCAGGAGGGACCCUUUACACCGCUGCCACAAGUAACUUUCUAGGCACAAUGUAUGACAUUUCCAGGGCAACGGGCAUCGAGCAGGAACGCAUCCGCACUGAACAAUCAAUCAAUUGGCUUAGUGAUCCAGAGUUUGUCAGUUCUGCCUUCAUCCUAGAGGAUGAGAAGAACAAUCCUACUGGUGAAGAUGACAAAAUUUACUUUUUCUUCACUGAAGUAGCUAAAGAAUAUGACCUUUACACCAAGGUCAAAGUGCCCCGAGUGGCCAGAGUCUGCAAGUCUGAUGUAGGUGGUAUGAAGACUCUGCAGAGGCGGUGGACGACAUUUCUGAAGGCCCAGCUGGUGUGUGAAGAUCGAGCAAGUGGACAGCGAUUUAACGUUCUGACUGAUGUGUUCACUGUACAGCACCAGCCUGGAGACCCCAGCAGCACACACUUCUAUGGCAUAUUCACCUCACAGUGGGAAAGAGGGGAGCUGUCAGCCGUGUGUGUGUACAGUCUGGAGGAGAUCACUAAGGUGAUGAAUGGACCCUUUAAAGAGCUGAAAAAGACCUGUGAGAACUGGAUUAACCCAGAGCCCAUACCAACACCCCGACCAGGACAGUGUUUGAAUAGUGCUCUGAUUGAGCAGGGCUUUGAGUCCUCUCUGAAGCUGCCAGAUAAAGUGCUGACAUUCGUGCGUGAUCACCCGCUUAUGGAGAACAGUGUGGUGGCAGCACCCCUGAUGAUCAGAAAUGGCAUCACAUACACUAAACUUGCCGUUACCUUAACAAUGGCCUCCAGUGGCCUGAAACAACACAUGACCACUGUUUUGCACCUUGGAACAGAUCAUGGAGAGCUGCACAAAGUCGCUGUAGUUGGUCCGAAUGCAACACUUAUUGAAGAAGUCCCUCUGUUUUCUGCACAGGAGCCAGUGAAUAACAUAUUGCUAUACAAAGAUGAGGCUCUGGUGGGCACUCCUCUCUCUCUGGUGAAGUUACCCAUAGUGGAUUGUUCUCUGUACUCUACCUGUGAGGUGUGUGCACGUGCCCGAAGUCUUGGCUGCGUAUGGAGGCACAAUGAGAGAGAUUGUGUUUUGAAGCCUGGUGAAGUGGUAGAAGCAGAUGAUUUGGUCAGGCAAUGCAACAAAGGUGAAGGUCUUUGCUCCCCACCUGUAAUUGAAAUACGUGUUGUAAAGGGUCUGCGUGUCCUGCUUUCUUGUGUGCAACUGUCUCCUCGUCCCUGCCACUGGGACCAACCUCCAUAUAGUCACACCCGCCGCCACAACAAUGACCUGGAGGUGCAGGUCACAGAGAAGAGCCUAGGCACCUACGUGUGUCUAUGUGAUGAAAUAGGCAGAGAUCAGCCACCCUGCCGCAGAGCCGAGUACCAGCUGACCCUUGACAACCCCAGCAUGGAGGGGAACGUGGCCACUGCAGGUGGCCGACACUUCCUGGCUUCGCACAUCAUUUUUUUCGUUGGAGGUUUUGUAUUGGGUGGCAUCCUGUUGUUUCUAAUUUACAAACGGCAAGGUGGCAUGAGAGGGGGCGGGCACUCAUCAUCAACGUUGGAAAAGGGGCAGGACUUGCUUCCCUCUACAGACACACCACAGUCUCCAAGCAGCGCCAGUCUGUUGUCAGAGGCGGUUCCAUUAACCGAGAAAAGGAACGGGACACUGAAUGGUCACGGACACAAUAUGCUCCCAGCUGGACACAACAGCAGGCAUAUUUAUUCUAACUCAAGCGGACUGAAACUGCAGGAAUCAGCUGUGAACCUAGCAGAGGAGCUGGAUGGCAGAGAAAGGGCGGGACCAGAUGGGGAGGAAGAGGGGUUGGGGGAGGGGCUACGUGAGAUGGAGGAGGAGUUUUCUAAAUUGCCUUGUCUAAGAGGAGCACCUCUGGCACAGUGUGAAGAAAGCUCUAUCUAAAGACCAGAACACACGUGAUUUUUGAGACUAAACUCUGUGAAAGGCUCGCAAACACAGAUGGAGGACUGGAAGAGAAGAGGAAAGCAGACAAUCAAAGAAACUGAUACACAUUCCAAAUAAACGAUUAACAUACGCAGUCGCACAAAGAAACACACAAACAAAUAAACUGCAUUUGUUGGAGGCUCCUCUACUACUCCUGUACAUCACUGUCCAGUCCAUGCAUUCCUGUGUACAUAACAUGCUGUGUAGAUCUGUGUCUAUACUGUUUCUGCAUGUAUUUGUUUAGACGAAUGGGCACUUUUGUGUACCAUCCUCAAAGCCAUGUGCACCCACAUGGAAAUACACAGUCUGUGCAUCUGUGUGUGUGUGUAGAUCUUCGUUGCUCGAUUUGUUUCCUCUUUGAGGAUUCAAAGUCCAAAAGGACUUUCAGAGAAAAAUGACCCCUCUAUAGCCCAGAGCAGCAUAAAGCCAGGAAGAAUCUGCUAAUUCUGGGCUGAUCACUGAAAUAAACUAAUUUGAUUUGUCACCAAAAAGGGCUUUCAAGCAUGAAACCCCUCUGUGAUUGAUGCUUCACAGCAGCAAAUAAUGAAUGAAUGAUAGAGAGACUGGAAAUGUGAUUUUUGCCUUACAGAUAAAGCGCUUUGAGUACUGCUAAUGAAGCUACUGUGGCCUAUGGCAGGGCUGGAUUGUGGGGUCCCUGCCAGAGAAAGGGACAUGAAGGGGCCCUCAGAUCAUACAGUAUGAGCUGACUCCCUGGGCCCCUUGAUGUAGGAGAAUGAUUGACAUGGACCACCAAAGAGUGUGCCAAGGGGUCCAGAACUAUAGUGCCCCAUUUUAAGUGAAGAGAGAAAAUGAGUAACACAGCUAUUUAGCAGUCUUCUCCUGUAUGUCAGACCUGUGAACUGAUAGUAGAUAGUGAAAAUGGGACUUUACUUGACCACUGCAAAGUCAAUCAGUCACAUUCAGAGCAAGGAAGUUGUUCUUCUCUGGAACGGGCUGGCAGUGUUUUGUGGUGUCACGAGAAGAAGUCAAACCACUGCCAUCCAUAUAGGGACCAGAUGUAGCAUGUUUUGUUUCUAAUAAUCUGCACAAAGGACCCCAAGAUGAUGGAUGUCACUUUAUAAGUUUAGCAUGAAUGCCUAUUGAAACUACAAGGAAAUCUUCGAAAUGGAAAUGAAGAGUGAAUGAUUGAUACAUACAUAAUUAUUGAUUGUUUUGAGUUUCCCUUUAAGGACAGAGAAUGUGCCUCAUUUGAAGGUAUAUUUAUCCCCAGUAAAGUGCAUGAUACAAAGUAGCCAUGACUACAGAGCUACAGAAUUGUAAUACAAUGAUCAGGGGCUACAGGUAACCUAAAGCACUCCCAGUAAAAAAAGUGUGUUCUAUUUAUGUAGCCACAAUGAUGUCUGUUUCAGGAGUAUGUAAAUAUCUGUGAAUAUAAAAGAAAAUGAGAGUAAGAUCUUUAAAAACUUUUUUUUUUUUUUUAAUUCUCUCUUUUCACCACUUGUUGGGUGGGGUCUGGGUGGGAGAAGAGUUGGGUUCUCUCUGCCAGCCUAAAUGUUGGACCAUAUUCAAAUGCCAUUUCCUGCCAUAUUCCAUUAGAAUAACUUGGAUCUACUCACAUUCUCCAUUUAUUUAUUUUGUAUUUUUAAAAAAAUAUUUGUAACAUUGUCAAAGUGACGGUAACACUCUGGAUUAUGUACAAUAUAUCUUGUCUUCUAAAUCUUUGUCAGCACUCAGUAAAAUAAUGACAACAGGUACAUUCAACCCCAUAAAGUCCUCAUUUAAAAAUCCUGAUCUUCUUUUGAGGUGAUAGUGAUAGUUUAAAAUAAACCUUCAACCCUCUCAAUGUACCAUAGUAAAUCUGCUGUAGUAAAACUUUGUUUUAUGUUAAUAUUAUUGAAAAUAACAGAUCAUUUAGUGUUACAUGCUCUUUGUCGUUUAUUCUGAAUAAAGAAGUAUGUUAAUUAAUGUACAGAUAUGUUGUAUUCUAAGUUUCUAUUUUUAUAAUUUAUAUAUGAUGAAAUGGACAUUUGUGUUUCAAACAUUUAAUGAAGGUGUUUGUGUGAAUGGCUGUAUGUGUGAAUGCAUUGUGUUGCUCUUUGGAAUAAAAUAAAAACUACCUC